CUGGCAAGUCCCAAAAAUAAGCCCACAAACUCAGAGAGAGAGAGAUGGCGGCGGCGGCGGCGAAUGUCGUAGCAGGCGGAGAAGUUCGGAGGAAGAGGGUGGAGUUUCACCCUUCCGUCUGGAACGAUUUCUUCGCCCGCCCCGAUAAUCAUUCUCCGAUGGUAAGUGGAUGGAGGGAAGAUGCUGAGCAAUUGAAGGAAGAAGUGAGGGAGAUGCUGAGAGGAGUUGUUGCUGCGGCGACGAAGACGAAUUUGGAGAUGAUUGACGCCCUCUGCUUCAAAUCUCCGGCCCUGCCGCCGGAUGACUUGUACACUACUUCCCUCCGAUUCCGGCUCCUCAGACAGCAAGGCUACCACAUCAAUCCCACCCAUGCGUUGAGAAAAUUCACAGACGAGAAGGAAAAUUUCAAACAAGAUAUGAAAAACGACGUCAGAGGACUGCUGAGCUUGUACGAAGCUGCUUACUACAGAGUGAAUGGGGAACAAAUAUUGGAUGAAGCUCUAGAGUUCGCCAAAACUCACCUUGAGCCCAUUAGCCGAUUGGACUCACCUUUGGGUACCCAAGUGAAGCAUUCCUUGAAAUGGCCCAUUCUCAAGGGCUUGCCCAUAAGGGAGUCCAAGCAUUUCAUAUCCAUCUACGAGCAAGACCAGGCCCACAACGAAGCAAUUCUAAGGCUAGGCAAGUUGGACUUCAACUUGGUUCAGAAGUUGCACCAACACGAGCUCAUGAUUCUCACCAAGUGGUGGAUGGAUUUGGAUACCGAAAUUACGCUUCCAUUUGCACGAGACAGAGUGAUAGAGUGCUACAUGUGGCCAUUGGGAGGGUUUCUGAAGCCCGAUUACACGGUCGGAAGAAUCUUUGUCACCAAAAUCACUCAACUCGUCUCCGUCCUGGAUGACAUCUUUGAUGUCCAUGGUACCAUCGACGAGCUUGAAUCUGUUGUCAAAGUGAUUGAGAGGUGGGAGAUCACCGAUGAGGACGACAAGGUUCCCGACUACUUCGAGUUCUGGUUCAAGACAUUGCUUGGCGUGUUUGCUGAAAUAGAGGCUCAUGUGUCCAGAGAAGGGAGGUUGUUUUGUAUGGACUAUGCCAAAGAAGCGGUGAAACAAAUAGUGAGAGCGUUCAUUAAGGAAGCAAGGUGGUACGACGCAGGCUAUGUGGCAACAAUGGAGGAAAAUCUACCAAAUGGUUACAUGAGCAUCGGCUAUCCCCUAGCCGUUACCGUUAUCUACUGUGGGAUGGGAGAAGUUGCUUCGAAAGAAGUCUUCGAGUGGCUGUUCAGCCAGCCGAAGAUCCUCGUCUCCGGUUCUAGCAUUGCUCGGCUCAUGGAUGACAUUGUCUCCCACGAGUUUGAGCAAGAGAGAGGACACGUGGCUUCAUCAGUCGAGUGUUAUAUCAAACAGUAUGGUGUGUCCAAGGAAGAAGCCCACGCGAAGCUGAACAAAUUGGUGGAGAAACUGUGGAAAGACAUGAACGAAGAACUGUUGCUGCCUCUGGAGGCUCCGAUGUUGAUUCUGAAGACGAUACUCAACAAGGUGCGAGUCAUGGACUUGUUGUACAAGGACGAGGACACUUACACGAACUCCAAGACCGUCAUGAAAGAGUUACUCACUUAUAUCUUGGUGGAUCCCGUGCCUCUAUGAAGUAACUGUGGUUUGUUUGUUUACUAGCAAUGUUCUGGGUGGGUAUGUCGAUCAAAUCGAUUGUGAUUUCUGGUUGGGCUUUGGUCGACUAUAAUAAAUUAAAGGACGCCCAACUAUACUGCAUAGUGGGUCGAGUCUAGGUGUGUGACAUCGUUUGAUUUUUUUCUUAUGUAUUGGUUGUCGGUGAUGAAAUAUAUAUGCAUCUAAUUUCCUU